AUGGAGUAUCUUGGAACAAUACGAGAAAAAGAGGAGCGGUUUACGGAAUUUGAAAGGGUAUGUUUAUCUGAUCCACGAUGUGAGCGCUUGCAGCUCGAAGAUCUGCUAAUUUCACCACUGCAGCGCAUAACGAAACUCCCAAUAGUGCUGAAAGAGAUUCAUAAAUAUACGCAGAAUACAGAAGAUAAAGCGAGCAUCGAAAAAGUUAUUGAGAAUAUGAGCGAGUCUCUAAGAUCAAUCGAUGGCUCGGUUCAAUGGUUGCACAAUUUCGAGCGAUUGCAGCAAUUCCAGACUCUGGUUAUCUGGCCAUCAAUAAUGGAACUGGAGCCACGCACAUAUAUGCCAGAU